AUGGAGCGGCUGGCUAUGAUCAGCCGGAGCGGGGAAGGCGAUUCUGACAAUGACACGUUGAAAGACUACGAAGUACAACAAGAGUUUUGGGAAUAUAUUGAGGAACAUAUCAACGCGUAUAAAGUCUCCAACCCAUUCCCUCCCACUCUGAACGACGAUAGCUCAUCCUCACUUUCCUCGAGCCAGAACGAAACUCUUACAAACAUCCUUUUAAUGCUGCGGAAGCUGCGUGAAGGCGUCCUCGCCUCCCACCGCGUAGACAGCUUCGCUGUAGGCGUAUACGAGACCUCCGUCUCAGUGGCUAUCUACUGCCAGGAAGACAAAGCACUAUCGAGUAUAUUCGGGCGUCUGGUACCUGAACUAUAUGACCUGCAUGAAGAUGCGGAGCUUGCAGCGGCGUUCCUAUAUCUCCUAACCACCAAGCCUCGUGGUCAGAAGCUCUCCUCUCCGCUCCGACAGCGAACGCCGAGCCGUGACGACUACACUGCUGUUUAUCUAUUGCAUCUUCUCGUUACGGGCUACCCUUCUCAACGCGAUUUCCUUCUCCGAUCAAAGGUUCUCCUCAUGCGGACUUCGCCUCAUUUCCAACUCGUUGCGGCAACCGCUGCCAACAUUCGCCAGGGCAAUUACUGGGCAUUAGCGCAGCUGGUACUUCAUUGUCUGCCUACUCGAAACGACCUGAUACAGCGUAUGAUGGUUGCCAUCCUAGCGAAGACAAGACAGCGAACAUGGGCGACACUAAAGGUUGCGUAUGUGCAACUUCAGCUCGACCACCGGCAUUGGCUUUGCUCUGCUCUUGGGUUUGAGAAAACCACAAGUGUACAAAAGUUCAUGGCCGAGCGGGUAAAGCGAGGCGAGGUGAUGGAGAAGGAGGGAAAGGAACCGACAUGGACCAUCGUAAAGGCCGCUAAAGGGAAGACCUGA